AUGGAGGACCUUGCUGUGGAAGUAUGCUGGAAUAACGGAGCCUUCUAUAAGGCUUUCAUCAAGAAUAUUCAUGAUGAUGAGGUUACUGUUACGUUUGAAGACAGCAACUUACCAGAGAAAAGGAUUAAGUUUUCUGAUGUCAGGCUACCUCCAAAAGAGACACCACCAAAAUUGGAGUAUAAAGUUGAUGAUAAAGUGGAGGUGCUCAGCAAAUCUCUGGAUGAUGACAUGAUAGGAUGGUGGCCAUCCAAAAUUAAAAUGUUAAAGGGAGAUUUUGCUGUGGUUGAAUAUUCUGGUUUUGAGUCUUCACAUACAGAUAUUCUACCUUUGGAGAAAGUCAGGCCCUUAAAUGAAAAUCCAAGCAUUUCAAAAGAUAGUUUUCGAAAAUCUAUUCUUGAAGUGCCAUCUGAUUUGAGAGAGGUAUGCCGCGAAGAAACAACAUUAGCAGAAUUUAAGAAACACUGUGGUGCAGCAGUUGUUUUGUAUAAUUCAGAUGAUAAUGCAUUAGUUGUUCUGUCAACAAAUUCUUCUGUGAUAAAAAAAGCUUCCUUGAUGGGAGACAUGUUUUUGAGAAAUCUGCGUCAAAAAGUCUUGUUGAAACAAAGAACAGAAGAGGCUGUUAAGAAAUUACAGCAUUUCUCUUUAUCACAGAGUGCAAAAAUUCGGUCUGGUUAUAUGGAAGAAUUUUCAGUUCGAGAAGACUUGAUGGGUUUAUCAAUAGGAACACAUGGCAGCAAUAUUCAGCAGGCUCGAAAGGUUCAGGGCAUCACAGGAAUAGAACUAGAUGAGUCAUCUUGCACAUUUAAAGUUUAUGGAGAGACUGAAGAUGCUGUGCGAGAGGCAAGGAAUAUGCUUGAAUAUGCAGAAGAAACGUUUCAGGUCCCAAGAGAUUUAGUUGCAAAAGUUAUUGGUAAAAAUGGCAGAAAUAUUCAAGAUAUUGUUGACAAAUCUGGUGUUGUUAGAGUAAAAAUAGAAGGUGACAAUGAACAUGAAGCUCCAAGAGAAGAGCUCCUAGGAAUGCAUAGCCUGGAUGUUGCUAGCGUCUCUCUGUCUGCACCUAAUGAUAUGAGCCAGGGUCAGGUGCCUUUCAUCUUUGUUGGAACUGUAGAAAGCAUAAGUAAUGCAAAACUUUUACUGGAGUUCCACUUAUCACAUUUAAGAGAGGUUGAACAAUUACGACAAGAAAAGCUAGAAAUUGAUCAACAAUUGAAGAACUUGUCAGGUCCCCCACAAGGCCCUUAUUUUCCACCACCAAGAGAGAGAAGAGGCAGCAAUGAUCCAUACAACGAUGAUAGGCGGGGACGUGGACCACCGCUGCGUGGCGUAAGAGGCUUGGGCCGUGGGGGUAGGCGCUGGGCUAAUGAACGACAUAGUGGGAAUAAUCAAGUGCUUUCGAAGCGAUAUUCUCAAAUACAUUGUCAUCGUUCGUUCGUUCGUCUCCCCUCCCUCCACACUAUUUUUUCAAAAACUUUACAUUCCCUUUCCGACUGCCGAAUUUGCAACGUCAGCCGUAUCGUAGACGUGACAAGACAGCGGCGUGGCCCAGACCGAGGCAAUGGCAGUGCUGCAUCUGGAACAGAGACUGACACCAGUGUAUCCAACUACAGGGGCCGCUACUCUGCACCUCCCUCUCGAGCUGGAUCUGUGAUGAGGAGCACCAGCUACAAUAGUGGCAUGCUCAAGUGUGAUGAUCCGUCAGCUGCAACAUCUCCUACCUCUACAUCUGUCCAUAAUAACCAUCACUCUCAGUCUCCACCCCCGCAGUCUCCUCAACAAAUGCCGCAGCAAAUGGGCAGUAGUCGUUCCAGUCAUGCCAGUAACAAUGGUAUGUUGGCCAUCAAUAAGGAGACGGUUAGUGUGAAAAAUGAGCCUGAGUCUCCGCCCAAACAGCAACGUGAGCCUCGCAAGCAGCCUCGACAGCAGCAAAGUGGCAGUGAGUCUGAAACUAAGACUAUCAAAAGCAAGUCCAAUAAUUCUGCUUCAGCUGUUAAUUCUGCAUCCUCUGGCUCUAAGUCCAAAGAACAGUUGGUAAAUGGAGAGCAGUGA